AUGCCUUUUAAGAAAUCGAUUUAGAAAAAAUAGCUUUCUUUGUUUUUUUGCUUGUACUACCUAAAAACAAUCAAAUCUGAAAUAAAUAAAAAAAAGAAAGAAAAAAGAAAAGUCAACUCUAAAAAAAGUAAAAGAAAGUAAUUUGUAAUUAAAUACCUUUUUAGAGAUUUUCACGCAAAGGGAAAUAGAGAGAGAGAGCAAGCUUUGUUAUUGUGCAUUUAAACAUUUGUCAAUAUUGCUGAAUAAAAUAUUUAUUUAUUUAUUUCUCUCCAUCAUUCUGUAGAUUGA